UAUCUGCCGUAGACGUUUGCACAACGCAGGCACGCCGUCGCUCUGCGCCCGCGAAGGUCGGAGCUUCACACAAAAAUUACGACAAACGAAGCCUUUCUCGCCCUUCACCCAUCCUCCGCUCGGUUUCCGGGGUCGACGAGUCGAUCAGUCGGGUUCGCACGCUCGGCGUCCGAAAAUCACGGCCGGGUCUGACGCGUAAAGUUCUCAAGGACGAAUCCUUGAUGGGUUUCCGUAGGCGUUUCGGUGUUUGUUUACAAGUAACAUUAAUGGCAUCGUAGCUUACAAUCACGCAGAUAGUGGAGAGGGAUGAAAAGGAGGCGGUGGUAGAGGGAAGAAAAAACUGGUGAAAAAAAAACACAGUUCGAAAGCAGAAAGUAAGAGAUAAGCAAACGGGAGACAGCGUAAGUGUAAGUGAUAUGCCGGGUUUUUUUUUUUUUCUUGUGGUGUGACAUACAACCCAACCAUGGAAGCAAUGUCAACAAACUGACGGGUGAAAUAUUGGACGGAUGAAUGCACGGGGGUUCGGUGGAUGUUUGCACCUUGGUGAACCCAAGAACCCAAGUUUUGCUUCAAUUAGUGGACGCAAAGGUUUUGUAGCUGCAGCAAUUUAAGGAGCAGUCCAAGGAAGUUGUGUAUAAAAUACUCAAUCCAUCUACAAAGCUAAUUCACACCGUUAUCAUUUCACGCGAAGCCGUCCCGCCCGAUUUUUCUUCCGCUGACACUACGUACUGCAAACACCUUCCAGAUGCCGCACGACUCUCCCACUAUCAGCCAUGCGGCUGCAGGCAAGACGACUAUCAUCCAACCAUCAUCGAUACAUUGCGCCGCAACGGAUCGGAUCAUCCACGUGUACGACUUGCACGAUGACGGGGCCAGAUCAAUACGUUUGCACAGGGAGGCUACUAAUGCGACGACGUUACAGGAGAGUGUGUGUGUGUGUGUGUGUGGGUAAGAAUCCGUUGAAAGGACACUUCAACUUUGCUUUUCCAAGAAUGUGGCAAGGAAAAAGCUAAUGCACGUGAACAGGAAAUAAAAGGCUCUCAUCCGUCCCUGCAAACUUCACAUCCAACCAAAGACUCGACGAGAGAGUUUGCACUAAGCAGCAUGAAGAAGCGAAGGCGUAAGGCAUGACGAUCGAGAGGGAUGGUACAGACAUCCUUGAGGAUUCAGCAGACGUGAAGAUUAAUCGGCACUCGCUGCGGAUGGGGAGCAGCGAUGAUGAGGACCGACGAUACAGAGCAGCAGCAAGCAGGUUAGCUUGCUCCGUCUACGCUCCAAAGAAAGCUGGGUAAAUAGGCGAAUCUGUCUGGCGAAUCUGGGUCCGCCGCUGGGCAAGACUACACUAAUGAGUGCGUCUUGUGCUUUCGAUAGUGUCACUUUGUUCGCUGCUUCAAGCUGGUGACAAACUGUCAUCCAACACUACGCGAACCUCUUCCCUUUUAAAUGCGCUAUCCAGCACUAACGCUUGCUUUGUGGUUCAUUCAUCCUCGAAGGUUCCGCAUCGUCCUGCACGUAGCAUAUCACACCAUUGACCCUUCGAGGAGGCGACGGGCUAAUUAUAACGGUAAUUAAUUCCACUGCUCAUCAGGCCUCUCGCAAUGACGCAGUGCUCUACCGAUUCGGGAACGGCUUCAAUAUCUACGGAGCUUCGCACGUUCCUAUUUGGCACGCAUUGAGAUGAGAUGUGCACACACUUCCCGAUCGAAAGCACUGCAAAUGAAUGCACAAAAUACGCAACUUAACUCGUACGUUUUGCGCUCAAUUCAACGGGGGUAAUUCGGUCUCACGUACUUCUGCUUUAGCCACGCGAAGAUGACCGUAAAUACUGUUUCAUGGCUCCUGGGUACUGGCACAUCUCACUGGCUCAACCAUGGACCCGUUGGGAGGCUGUCGAAAUUAUCAAUUGCUAUCCGUGCUGGCUCAGCGCAUCUGUUCCCUUGUCGUGUGUUUGAUCAAACAUGUGCAGCAAGAAAACGGAGCGGUGCAGAGUGUCUUGCGCCAAGCGCUGCUCCCCAUGCACCGUGCGUUGACGGAGUUUUUGUUCGGCCAGGCGCAUUCGUCCCAGCACUUCAGUCCACUUCAGCUGCGCGGUUCUACACAUUCGCUUCUCUCCUUACCGUCGAUGCCUCUCUAUCCCAACCACCCGUCCGUUCACCAGCCAACCCUUGAACGUUUCCCAUCGUUCCGCGGCAACAUCACGCCACCGGAAGGCUCCAUCACGCCACCGCGCGGCAGUACACCGCCUUCCUGGCUCGGCGGCACACCGAUCGGUUUCACCUCAACGCCCCUUCGCACGCCGACGGUGCGCCCCCAGCCGGAACCGUUUGCGCUCAUCAAUCAGCUGCUGACAGCGAUGCGCACCUCGAAUGGGGGCAAUUUGUCAAACGUCACCGAACAGUACGCCAGCGAUCCCGUUUUCCGCGAGCGGGCCCUUCGCGAGCUGGAUGAGCUACGAUCGUGCAUUGCACCGCAACUGGGAGGCGCGUGCAAUGGGGCAGGGCAGGCAGUGCGGGCACUGCUGGACCGGGUGGAGCAGGCGGAAAUAACGCUCUCGAUGCUAAUCAACAAUUUAGAGCAAUUGCAAAAUCAUUGAAGAUUGUUUGAAGCAUGAGCGAAGGAAAAAAAGCAAAAUUUUGUGUGUUUUUAAAUAAAUUCUUAAAAUUUAAUACGUUAUUCAA